GAGACUCGCGAUAAGUUCCUCAGACUGUAUUACCUAUUGAACAGGGCUUGUACGCUGUAAUGCUCACAACACUAUUGUUUAUUUCUUUAUUAACGAAACAGGCAAAAACCUCGAAAAAACAAGUGUAUUUUAAACAAUACGCACACUCUGUGUUUCUUCACUAUCCCAGUAGAUCAAAGGCAAGUGAAGGCCGGUUUUGCGGUGGCUCGCUGAUUCUAGCCCAGGUGGUUGUGACAUCGGCGGACUGCUUGAAACAGAUGAACUUAAAGGAUAGGAUCACGGCUUACCUCGGCUCGUCGCAACCGAGCAAAGCGUUGGCGAAGUUGGGCGUUUUGUCGUACAAAAUACAUCCUAAAUAUAACACAGACAAUAUUGUGUACAACUUGGGCGUGGUGUUUAUUGGCAAACCACCACCAAUGGGUCCUUACAUUAGAAAGAUUAUUCUUCCUGUUGGAAAUAGGCACAAGAACAGGAAUGAUGACGACUAUGUAACUGGUCAGCCAAAGCAAAUACCGGUUACCAAGUCACGGCUACCUGCACUGGUGGAGUUAGAGCGCGAUAUAGCUAAAAAAUCAAAUAAUUCCCAGAAACUACUCUCAUCGUACACUCGUAAAGUGGUAAGUGGAGCAGUAACUCAUCCAUUGCGUGGAAUAUUAGGACGAAAACGUAAGAAGCCAUCUAAAGACGAAGCGUUCAUGGUUGCUUGGUCUAAAACAACAACUUUGUGUGGCCUGGACGCUCUCUCUUCGCGACAUCUUACCGGCUACAAAGUGCAUCUGCUGCCAUUCGCCGACUGCAGUAAUUUUUUGUACAACUUAUCCCUUCCUGACGACACAUUUUGCACAAAUUCUAAAUUCGUCAAGCAUAUUUAUGACGAUCCAGGCUGUAGUCUCAUAGUGAAGAAACCAAUGACACAACUGAUUGGGAUUUUUUCCCGUUUGGUGCGAGGAGUCGCGGUGUUCAUCAACGUGGACCGGCACCGCUCGUGGAUCAAGCAGUCCACAUACCAACUAUACAACUAUGCUUGCAACUUCGGACAACUCGCUUGCACAGUUUCCAAUACAAGCUCUGAAUCGACGAAUUGCACUGUUAACUGACGUAGACAGGGCUGUUGGCUUUUAUAUAGAAUAAUGGAGUGCGAGCAGCGAGCAGCGCAGUCGGUGGGUAAAGCUUGUAAUGAAGAUAUGUAAAUUAUUAUAUACAUAGGUAUUUGUUGAGGUAAUCUCAAUUAUUAAAAACAACCUACACACAAUCU